UAUUAUUCUAUCUUUUGCCAUUAAGUGCAGUUAUAUUGAAGAUGAUAAUUAGCAAAUUUGAAUUCUAAAAAUUCUUUUUUAUUUGAAAUGACGAUAUUUUUAAUGUUAAAAUUUUUAGGAGUAUAGUUUAAUAUGAAAUUAAUGCCUAUGACUAAUAGACAGUCAGAUGAAGAAGAUUGUAUGACUUUUGAAGGCUUGAAACAUAACAAAUAUAUAGAUGAAGAGAAUUUUCUAGAUUCUAAAGAUGAAGAUUUGAAAGAUUCCUUAAGACUUUUAAACAUACCUUGUCAAAAAAAUAACAUAGAGAAUAAAACUAUUUGGUCUAUAAUAUCAAAGAAAAUUAGCAAAAACAAUAACUGUGAUUUAAAUUGCAAAGUAAUUGAUAAUUUAAAUUCAAAAAAUAAAUUAUUAAAGAGUGAUAAUGAAAUAAUUGAUAAAAAUCUAAAAUGCAAAAAAGAAUAUGUUUUAAGUGAUUCCUCUAUUUCUCCUGAUAUUGAUAAAGACUUGAAUUCAAUAUAUACUGAUGUUUUUGAUGAGCAAUUGGAUGAGAAUUUUAAUCUUUUAUCAAAUUCAAAUGAAAAUCGAAUAUCAACUAAGUUUAACAUUGCCUCAGAGUAUAUUAACAUAUCUUCUAAACCAAAUUCUGACGAAAAUAAAAAGUGGUAUCAAAAGUUUAGAGGGACUUCUAAUAACCCUGUCAAUAAUUUUAACUCCUUUAAUAUAUCAAAUCAUGUUGAUAUAAUAAAAGAUGAUAAUUUUAUAAAAGCUACUAUUAUAUCAGAAAAUAAAGAUGGCCAUAAUAAUAAUAAAAAUGGAAAGUUAUCAAGAAAAUUUUCUGCCCCACCUUCAUUUAACUUUUUGACUAACUCUUCCACUUCCAAAAGCUCAUUUUCUCAAUCUAAUUUUAAGGGGAAAUCAUCUUAUCAAUGUGCUCAAGAUUCUUUAUGCAGUGAUAUAAAAAAUGGUUACGACUUUGAUAAUAUAAACAAUAGUGCAUCUAAAAAUAAAAAAAUUAAUAAAACUUAUUCAACUCUUCAUGAGGAAAAUUUAUCGCUUAUAUCAUUUGAUUAAUUAAUUUUUUUAUGAAUCUCAUUAUAAAUUUAAAAUUUUUAUGUUACUUUAAAAACAAAAGUGUAAUUAUUUUUAAUAUUUUAUACUAUGAUAAUAUAAAUUUAGCUUUAUUUUAGUUAUUCCCCUUUCAAAAGGAUUAUAUUAUCUAUCUUUUUAUUCAAUUAUUUAUAUAUCAAAAAAAAGCAUCCAGUAUUUAAAAAAUUAAAUCAAAAAUAUUAUGCCAAUUAUAAAUGUGAUAAAAUUUCAUUAAAUAAUCUUUGUAAAAUAAUAUAUGGCAUCUUCUAUAUCACAACAACACAAUUACAUAUCAUACGACUUGAAAUAUUAUAUUAAUUUUUUUUUUAAAAUAACCAUUUAAUAUUAAAAUUAUUCAAUUUAUACAAUUGUUAUUGGUGAAAUAAAAAAAAAUAUAAAUUUUGUAUUUACACAACACAUUUUUUAAAUCUAAACCAGCAUAAAAUUUUGAUAAGUACCCUCUUUUUUUAAACUUUCUAUUUAAUUAUAGAAAUAAGCCUAAAAGUUAUAUUUAUUAUUAUGCAUAAAUCUUAUUUUUUUUUGUAUUACCUACAAUCUCAUUUUUGAUUUAUAACAUCAACUAUUUUAUAUUAUUAUAAUUAAUAUAUUAUGACAUUUAUGAAUUUUUGUAUAACAAUUUUUAUUAAUAUUUUUUUUAGAAAAUUUAUAUAAUUAAUAAAUUAUUUAUUUAAAAAAAAAUGCUGUCAAAAAAAACGUAAAUAGUUUUGUAACAAAAUUUUGAUAAGGCCAUAUUCAUAUUAUAAUUUUUUUAAACUCACUCAACCAUAACUUUAACAAUAUUUUAAAAUUUAUGGAGUUUUUGAAAUUUGUAUACAUCUAAAUUAGUGAUCUGCAUCGGGCCUAAUUUUUUAAGCCCCUCCCCCGGCCUAAAAUUUUUUUUAGCAAAAUACCGACCCGAUUUGGCCCGAAUUUAUUUAAAUAUAGAAAUUAAUUUUUAUAAUUACUCAAAAUAAAAGACAUAUGUUAUAUGUCGUUAGGUUUCAAUAAAUAAAAUCAAAUAUUUUUAUUUUACAUAAAAAUUUAAAAUAAAAUUGAUAUAUUUAAAAAAUUUCCAAGGUCCGACUCGACCCGUAUUUUUGUUAAAUAUUAAGCCCAACCCGCACCCGAUUAUUUUAAGUAAAAUUAGGCCCGAGCCUAACUUUGCAGAUCUCUACUCUAAAUACGUCUCCCCAAAACGAAUGAAACUACGAAUCUCGUAAUUGUUUUAUUCGUUUAGCCAAAAUGUAUUUAAGUAUAAAACAAAUUAUUCGAUUCUCAAAUACGAAUAGUUAUUCGAAUCGAAUACAUAAAUAAUGGGAGGAGGGGGAGGGAAUUAUAGUCUUUUUUAAUUAUUCUCAUCCGAAAAAUAUUGUGGAUAAUUGUUUUUAAUUUGUUUUCACUUUAUUUUCCAC